GUGCCGUCGAGGCUGCCGAAGAGCCGCAAAACUUCAAGCAGAACCAACGGGAAAAAGCGACGCCGGGAUGCCCUUUUCGCCGCCCAACUUCCUGCCUGUCCCCCGCAUGCGCCGAAGCGCCCUUGGGCUCGCCACAGCCAAGGCCAGAAGCCGCCGCCGGGGAUCUGGAGCCCGCCCCGCUCCGCCCUGCCCGCGCUUCUGCUGCUGCUUCCUCGGUCGGACGUGCUCUCAGCGCAGUGCCGCGCCCGCAGAAGGGAUGGAAAGGGCGCCAGCGACGCUUCUCUCCGGCCAGCGGUGAAUCUUGUCCCGUCGCUGCUGCGACUGGAAGAAAUGGGGAUACUUCACUGUCUUUAAACAAUGGGAAGCGGUAACACCAAAAUAAAGUUUCCAUUUUCUCCAAGGAACAGCGUGAAGGAUAACUAUAGAAGUACACAACAGAAAGACUUCAAUGAAAAAUCCACCCCAGGUAAUUUAUCAUUGGAUACAAACACUCAGGAACCUCACAGCAGGGAUGAGGACACUGGGGAGACAUUUUACAGGUUUGCGAUUCUUCAUGCUGAGAAUGAUAUAGAUGAAGCUAUUAGAAUCCAGGAGAUGCUGCAAAAUGAAUUCUGUAUUAAACCGGGAAUAAUCUUUGCUGAAAUGCCUAGUGGCAGGCACCUGCUGGAAAAUGUACAAGAUGCCAUUAAUGGCUCGGCAUGGACAAUUAUCUUGUUGACAGAAAACUUCCUCAGUGAGCUUUGGUGUGAAUUCCAGGCAUAUGCUUGUCUCUUCAAUUCACUUACCAAGCCACACAAGGGCAACACAGUCAUACCACUGAGACCACGGAAUAACUCACUCCCAUGGGACAGGAUUCCUCUUGUUCUCAGGACCCUUAAUGCACUACAGGAAGAUAGUCCUGGGUUUGCUGUUCAAGUAAAGAAAAUUUUCCAGGAAACUAGUUACAGGCAACAGCAAGAUGCAUGGAAAAAUGAAAAGGAGAAGGAAGAUGUACAGGAGUUGCUGGCAUGGUGAAGCUGUAGAGGAUUUAAAGUGAAGUUGAAGCAAAGCCUUUGUAAUAACUUGCUCCAUUUCCACCUUGUGAAUUUUGCUGUGAACUUCCCCAAACAACCAUCUGGGCUAGGAAUGUACUCUUCUGAUUAGAUUCUCUGCAAGGUGUUAAUGUAUUAUCAUGUCCUACUUUUAUAGCCCUGGCAGGAACACUUCCUAGAUUUAAUAGUGGAUCUCAUGACGACCCUAAGAAGAGCAGGCAUAAUUCAGAUGCAGCGUAAAUGUUUUGCACACAAGUCCAGUUCCUGGCAAUUCUGGUUAAAAGAUCUCUAACAGCAAGGCUGGAGAGAUUUUGCUAAGCUGUUGCCACAGCCUGCCAAACUAGGCUGUACAAAGAUCGAUGGAUCAAUAGCCUGGCUUGCUAAAAGGGAGCUUUGUCUAAAGGCAGAUGACUGCUUUUCACUUUCUGAAAAAACAAUUUGAGAGAUCACCAGUGCUGACUUGUAUAAGCACCUUACUCCUUCCUCUUGUAGACAGGAUUCGUAGGCUUUUGUAAUUCCAGAAGUCUGGAAAAACUGUUUGAUUGGAUCCAGGUGGGGGUGAGUGGGAAGAGCAUGUGUGUGUGUGUGUGUGUGUCUCUGUGUGUCCACAUACACACUAUCAGGACUGGUGUGUCUCUGAAAUCAUUUUUUUAAAUUGUGUCUCCAGAUUUCAUGUAUUCAUAUCAAGUUUGUCUUAGCCUCUAUUAAUGUGUGCCAGAUUACCUAGACCUCCUGAGAUUUGGAGUAGACGUGGACAGGCUCAUAAUAUCUGCAAACUUUGCUGUGGUACCAGAUGAGAAUCAAAGACUUCUGUAUCUCCAAACUUCACAGGAAUUACCAUUUCCACCUGCUCAUGCUGACCAUAUCCAUUCCAGACCUUUCCACUGGAACAACUAUGUUACAAAUUGUAUUUUUACAGGGACAAAAUGAAAUUGUGAGGUCUGCCCUAUAAAGUUCUGAAAUAAGGGAAAUUCCUUGUGUCUGUGUAGCCAAAAUGUUUUAAAGUGAUGAUUCAUUCAGUUAA